CUUUUAUAACAUUCAGGACACUUGUUGGAACUUGGAAAAUGACUCAAACUGUCUCAUUGGUGAGACUGUUUGUCCUUUACAUCUUUCUUUAUCUCCUUAGAUGGUUAGUCAGCACCAUCUAGUGGACAGAUAGUAGAACUACAUCCUGUUUACUCUCUGAAACACGUCACUGUGAAGUGUUGAGGGUGGGACUUCCUCAGCUCAGACGCUCACACACACAAGAAAGAAGAAGAAACGAGCAGCUUCUUCUCUCCCAGAGUUUCUUCGACACAUGAAGGUGGAAAGUGUCUGUAAGUGGACCUGAAGUGAGUUCAGCAGGGAGAAAAAUGGCGACAGCUCGAGGGGUCCUCCUCCAAAUUUUAAAAGAAUUAGGAGAUGAGGACUUUGGAGAAUUCAAGUGUUUCCUGCAGCAGCAAGGGGCGCCAGAAGGCUUCCCAGCCAUCCCCAAGGGUCAACUGGAGAAUGCAAACCGGAGGGAAACCGUGGAUGAGAUGUUUAAGACCUACAGUGACAAUGCAACUGACGUGGCCAGAACAGUUUUAGAGCGGAUAAAACAGAAUGAACUAAUGAAUAAAUUAUCAAUACGCUGUGAAGCUCUGUCCUCAGUCCCCAGCUCCCAGUCCUCUAGUCUGACAGACCUGGACCUGAGUAACAACGACCUGGAGGAUCCAGGAGUAAAGCAGCUGUCUUCUGGACUGACGAGUGAAAACUGUACACUGGAAAACCCAGGGGUGGACCAUGGUGGAGAGCACAGGUUAACACCUGGUGUGAGGAAGUAUUUCUGUCAACUCACACUGGACACAAACACAGCACACAGAGAGCUCGAACUGUCUGAAAACAACAGGAAGGUGACAUGUGUUGUAGAGGAUCAGCCAUAUCCUGAUCAUCCAGAGAGAUUUGACGACUGGCAACAGCUGCUGUGUAGAGAUGGUCUGACUGGUCGCUGUUACUGGGAGGUCGAGUGGAGAGGAUGGGUUAGUAUAGCAGUGAGUUACAGAGGAAUCAGCAGGAAAGGAGACAUUGAUGCCUGUGUGUUUGGAGGAAAUGAUCAGUCCUGGAGUCUGAGCUGCUCUGAUGAUGGUUACUCUGUCUGGCACAAUAACAUUAGAACAGUCCUCUCCUCCUCCUCCUCCUCCUCCUCCUCCUCCUCCUCUGGUAGAGUAGGAGUGUAUGUGGACUGUCCUGCUGGCUCUCUGUCCUUCUACAGAGUCUCCUCUGACUCACUGAUCCACCUCCACACCGUCAACACCACAUUCACUGAACCUCUUUAUCCUGGGUUUGGGUUGCACUAUGACUCCUCAGUGUCUCUGUGUCCUCUGUAGGACAGAGACAACUUCCUGUCCUGUGGUUUAAAUGUUGGACGAGGCUUCACUUUGGCUAAUAUAUAAUUCACUGAUUGUUCCUUUAAUAUCAGACAUUUUAUUGUGCAGGAAAAUGUUGAAACGAUGUCCUGAACUUGUUGUGUACAAACUGUGUUGAACAUUUGUUUUUAUGAAUCUAUUUCAGUUUUUAAGACACUGAAUGUUAAAACUAUGUGUUUGAGAUGUCUGACUUGCUGGUGAACUCUUGUGAAGAAACUGAGGCAAAACUUUGACCUUGGACAUCACAUUUUUAGAUAAAGGAGUUUGGGUCUGUUUUGCACCAAAUUAAUAUAUAUUGCCUCAUUUAAAACAUGCAAAUUGAACCAUCAAUAAAAAAAUUUAAAAA